CUUUGCCCGGUUGCAGAGACGACAGAACAAGUACACCCCUUAUAUCAUAACACCCAGCAAAUAAUCAUAGCCGACAAACAUGUUGCUCAACACUCAAAUGACUCUCUUCCUUACAAGCGUCUUGGUCCCCAUCACCGCGAUAGCAGCCCCAAGUGCCCCAAUCCUGGACACCGCCGUAGUAGCUUCCAUAGGCUCCAAAUACGCCAAACCCACCCAGAACCCAGCGGCCGCCAUCGUCGGCAUCGAUACUUGGCAGGUCCUCAACUCUCACGAUGCCAAUGAGGGGUCAGGCGAAGGCCAGAAGCGGUCUUAUGGCAUCUCGGGUCCAGGAUCGGUCAGGUUUGCGUUCAAUGAGACGAACAAGUAUACUGCGGAGACGUUCCGAAUCAGUUACUAUUCUGUUGGCCCUUCGCCUACUGGAGCUGAGGGGGCAAAGAUCAACCCCAGUGUUUGGGUAUCUGCGACUUCUACGGAGAAGCCUACCAGUAUCGUUCAGGUAAGCUGGUUCCGUCGAUCAUGAGGUCGAGUCAGUUUGGGGCUGACGAAAAUGGGAAGUGCGUGGCCACAGCCACAGCAAGCAUGACUGGGGAUGUAUAUGUAAACCCAUCCCCUGAUGUCCCUACUACUUCUAAAGAGAUGAUUGAAGUCGAGUGUACUGGCGUUUGAUGAGGGAACACUCCUUCAACAACAUCAUCUAAGAAAG